AUGUUCAAGAGAUCGUUUGUUCUCUUCCAGAAGGCAUCAUCUCGGAUGCCUCCUGUGGAGCUCCAAUACAAAAACAUGUUGAAAGACCCCAAGGGUAAAUAUAAUGCCUUCAAGAAGGUUCAUUUACCCAAUAGAACUUGGCCCAACAAAGAAAUCACCAAGGCUCCAAGAUGGUUGUCUACUGAUUUGAGAGAUGGGAACCAAAGUUUGCCUGAUCCAAUGAGCGUUGCAGAAAAGAAGGAAUACUUUCACAAGUUAAUUGAUCUUGGUUUCAAGGAAAUUGAAGUAUCAUUCCCAUCUGCUUCCCAAACUGAUUUUGACUUCACCAGAUACGCUGUUGAAAACGCUCCAGAGGAUGUUUCUAUUCAAGUCUUGACUCAAUCUAGAGAUCAUUUGGUCAGAAGAACUGUUGAAUCUGUUAAAGGUGCAAAGAGAGCCACUAUCCACACGUAUUUGGCUACUUCCGACGUGUUCAGAGAUGUUGUCUUCAAUAUGUCUCAAGAUGAAGCUAUUGCUAAGGCCAUUGAAACCACCAAAUUGGUGAAAUCUUUGACUAAAGAUGACCCAACUAUGCAAGACACAAUCUGGAGUUUAGAAUUCUCUCCUGAAUGUUUCAGUGAUACUCCUGUUGAGUUUGCCGUAGAAAUCUGUGAAGCUGUCAAGAACGUAUGGGAACCUACUGUGGAAAACCCCAUUAUUUUCAACUUACCUGCCACUGUUGAAGUUGCUUCUCCAAACGUCUAUGCUGAUCAAAUCGAAUACUUCUGCACUCACAUCACCGAAAGAGAAAAGGUUUGUGUCUCUGUCCAUCCUCACAAUGACAGAGGUUGUGGUGUUGCAGCUGCUGAAUUAGGUGUUUUGGCUGGUGCAGACAGAGUCGAAGGUUGUUUGUUCGGUAAUGGUGAAAGAACUGGUAAUGUUGAUUUAGUCACCGUUGCCUUGAACAUGUACACUCAAGGUGUUUCCCCUAAUUUGGAUUUCUCAGACAUUGAAUCAGUCAUUGAAAUUGCUGAAAGAUGUAAUAAGAUCAAUAUUCACCCAAGAGCUCCAUACGGUGGUUCUCUUGUUGUUUGUGCUUUCUCUGGUUCUCAUCAAGAUGCUAUCAAGAAGGGUUUCACCAAGAGAGAAGCCAGAAAUGAAGUUGCAUGGAAAAUUCCUUAUUUACCAUUGGAUCCAAAAGAUAUUGGUAGAAGUUAUGAAGCUGUCAUUAGAGUCAACUCCCAAUCUGGUAAAGGUGGUGCAGCUUGGAUUAUUCUCAGAACCUUGGGAUUGGAUUUGCCCAGACAGAUGCAAGUUGCUUUCUCUGGUGUUGUCCAAGAUUCAGCUGAUAAGUUGGGUAGAGAAUUGAAGACUGAAGAAAUUGCUGAGCUUUUCAAGCAAGAAUAUAUUGCUACAUCAGAUGCUCCCAUUCAGGCUCUUGAUCACUAUGAAUUGGCCAAGAAGAAUGAUAAAGGUGAUAAGCAAAUCGAUGCUGGUUUGGCCAUCAAUGGACAAAAUGUCCCUAUUGUUGGUUCGGGUAAUGGUCUUAUUUCUGCUUUUGUUGACGGUAUUUCCAAGAAGUUCAACACCAAGUUUGAAGUUGCCAACUAUAGUGAACACUCUUUAGGUUCUGGAUCAUCAGUUAAAGCUGCAACUUACAUUCAAUUGAAGUAUUUGAACCGUGAAGGUGAAAAGGCUGCUACUUGGGGUUGUGGUAUUGAUGGGGAUGUUUCCCAAGCUUCUUUGCAAGCCAUUGUCAGCGUCCUUAACAAGUUGGUUGCAGCCAAUGAGAUUUCUAUUUAG